AUGAAUGCAGAUGAGUCGGUGGCUUGUGGUGCUGCUAUAAAGGCUGCAAUGCAUUCUGUCAAUUGUCCGGAAAAGUUAGCUGACACUCUAGUCUUGGAUGUUAUACCAUACACGAUCGGAAUAGAGACAGCUGGCGUAGUUAUGACACCAAUUAUUAAAAGGAAUACAACAGUGCCACUAAAUAAAACUAGGGAUAAUAAUUUUUUAGGAAAAUUUCCGCUUGAGGGGAUUCCACCUGCUCCACGUGGUGCUCCUCAGAUUGAAAGCACUUUUGACGUUAACAAUAAUGGGACCUUAAAGUUUCUGCAGUUGAUAAAUCAACCGGUCGAAAAUACGCCGCAAUUUAUGAAAAAGAUGGUUUAUCAAAAGCUGAAAAAUUAA